AUGUUCGCCGACGCGAGCCGCGCGCGCGACCAAGUCAGGACGUUGCUCAUCUCCAGCGCGGUCGCCGCGCUCUGCGUCGUCGCGACGUGGCUCGACCCGUGGCUCCUGAAGCCGCCGAUACUGAAAACGCUCGGGUUCAGGCGCGUUCACGUUUAUUACGCCGGUCCCCAUACGACCGCGUCCGCGCGAUGUGAACGCCGAUCCUUAAGGACUUUACUUCCCGGCGUCUGUUUGCAUCUCUCCGCCCAUCACCCCUCGCUACUUUCAAUCCAAAUACACGCCUCGACGCCUUUCAACUCCGCUUCUGACGCCCGCCUUUCAACUCCACCCCGAUGUCAUCGCUUCGUAUUGGCAAACACCCUCAGCGCGUUGGCGAGGUGGGGGUGGGGCGUGCGGCUCGACGCGACGCUCGUCGGCGGCGGCGUGCUCAUGGGUCCCAAGGUGGGGGUCUCGAUCCUCUUCGGGGCGAUCGUCGCGUGGGGGUUCGUGGGGCCGCACGCGGAGGCGAUGGGGUGGGUGAGCGGGGACCCGCUGUCGAUGAAAGGCGGCGCGCGGGGGUUGUUGUUGUGGCCGGGGGUCGCGGCGAUGGUGGUGGAUUCGCUCGCGCAGCUGGCGAUCGCGACGGCGAGGAGUAAUAAGGGCAGCGGCGGCGGCGGCGGCGGGAGAGGCCUUCCCGGGAAAGGGUCAUUGGGCGGCGUCGGUGGGGACGGCGAUGCACGCGUCGAGUGGGAUUACGAGUACGGCGACGGACGGGUCGCACAUACGGGAGGAGGUAACCUAGAUAUGGACGACGGCGGCGGGAGGCGCGCGGCGGCGGCGUCCGGGGCGAUUUCUACUUCGAAACUCGCGGGCCCGACGCUCGUCGGCUGGGGCGGGUUGGAGUCCGGGCGGUCCUCCAUCGACGACGCCGAUAUAGGUAUGGACGACGCGCGACCGCUCGUGAUUUCGUCCACGUCAUCAAGCAGCACUACCACCACCGCACCGGGCGUCGUCGUCGCGCGGGAUCACCACGACGUCAUCCCGGCGUGGUGGUGGAAAGCCGGCGUCGCCGCCGGCGGCGCGUGCACCGCGAUCAUCCUCAACCGAAACUUCGACAUGGCGCCGUGGCAGCCCGCGCUCGCGCUUCCGGUCGCCGGCGUCAUGUCCUACAUCGCGGUCCGGUGCACCGGGGAGACGGACAUAAACCCGAUCGGCCCGAUGGGUAAGGUGAUACAGCUCGUGUUCGCGCUCGCGGCGCCGGGGGAGGUGGUGACGAAUCUCAUGGCCGCCGCCGUCGCGUGCGGCGGCGCGGGGCAAGCCGGCGACCUCAUGCACGACUUCAAGGCUGGUCUGAUGAUGCGAUUGUCCCCGCGUAAACAACUCAUCGCGCAGCUGUUGGGGAUCCCCGUCGGUAUUCUCGGCGCGGUGCCCGCGUACGUGCUGUUUCGGGACGUGUACCCGCUCGGGGGCGAGCAGUUCCCGGCGCCGGCGGCUGUGGCGUGGAAAGCCGUUGCGGAGGUGCUCACGAAUCGGUCCAGCGCCGGCGGCGGCGGCGGGAUCGGGGGGUUACCGAGCGAGGCGAAAGCGUUGAUGCAACUCGCAGCCUGCUGCACGAUCUUCGUGCGGCUCGUGGAGGUGUUCGGGAGGGAUGGACACAGGAGGGGGUGGGCGUGGGUGCGUCACUUGCCGAGCCCCACGAGCGCCGGGAUCGCGUUCAUCAUCCCGCCCGAGUUUUCCGUCGUCAUCGCCGCGAGCGCGAGCGCGAGCGGGUGGUGGCGGAGGAGGAGGCCGACGCAGCACGAGGACCACGCGAACGUGAUGGCUAGCGGGUUGUUGGCGGGCGCGGGGGUCAUGGGCGUCGUCACCGCGAUGGCGUCGAUGGCGUUGGGGGUCGGGGAUGUGACGCAGUAGUCAAAAUCUUUAUCACUCAUUUAGUCAAUCAAGCACUUAGGCAAAGAUUUAGGC